UAUUAAUUUGUGCCCCCAUCCUCAAUGAAAAAUUGUAACCUCCAAUGAUGGGCCUCUUUGCCGAUAGGGACUACGCAGAACAGCGUAUAAUUGGACGCCGACUCCCUCUUGUCUCUUCCGUGUGCGACGUCAACGUCCUGAUUCGUGAUCAUGCAGCUCAAAGCAACCUCUAUGUCUUCCUGACAUAGCCUCACCAGGCGAAGGCCAUCUGUAUGCCUAGUGAGGCAGUGGUGAUGCCAGAUAUUACUAGGUAGAAAUGAACUUCCCGACGCAUCAGCUAUAUUUUCUAUAGUUCCUCUUCACAUUUCUUCUCUUUUCUAAAGGAACUAUCAUAUCAGUACUCUCAGGUAAAACGAAGGCAGUAUGGAGCCUCUGUCGGCCUUGUCAUUAGCAGGAAAUGUUCUUCAGUUCAUCGAAUUUACUACCAAAGUGUUGUCAUCAAGUGUCGAAGUUUAUAAAUCUUCCGCAGGGGCGUCAGAUUCUACAAUAGCAUUGGAAGAUAUAUAUCAGCAGCUAUCUAGCUUUAGUGAUGGAUUUACCGCUACCCAAGGGAGUACACGACUGUCAGCUAACGAACUCGCCCUUAGAAGCAUUGCCGACUCUUGCAGCGCCGAUUGUACUCGCCUUCUGACGGUCUUGAAUGGCGUAAAGGUUAACGGAGACCAUCGCGCUUGGAAGAGCUUCCGAGCUGCGCUCAAACUUGCUUGGAAGGGGGAGCAAGAAAUCGAAAGGUUGACAAGUCAGCUUAGGGACCGACAGUCAAUGAUGACGCUACAUAUAUGCGCAAUAUCAAACGAAUGGCUCCUAAAUAUGAAUCAACAUCUGCGGGAUCUUGAGAAGCAGAACACAGCGUUGCAAAUUCAACAACUAGACAAGCUGAAGGAAAUUUCAUCCGACCUUCGAGCAGUGAAAUUGCAAAUCAGCGGACUAAGGAUAUCCAAGUCUAGCUUCACGUUUUCAUCCACCGAACCCAACGAACUGACGAACAAGGUAUCACAUUUAUCUCUAAUAAAUCGCGACAUUAUUAGAGAGCAAGUGUUUUUAAGUAGCCUAGAUUAUAGCUCUAGGAGUGUGAGACACGAGAGCAUCUCUAAAGCUUAUGCUCGGACUUUUAGCUGGAUAUUCGAGUCAUCUAAUCAAGAGGCGACGAACGACAAUGGCUUCAUCAGGUGGCUCCGCGAAUCAGGCGGUGUCUUUUGGAUAACAGGCAAACCGGGUAGCGGGAAAUCAACUUUGAUGAAAUAUCUGGCUGGCCACGCAAAGACAAUGGAAGCAGCAAAGCAAUGGGCAGCAACAGAAAGAGUUGUUGUCGCGAGCCAUUUUUUCUGGCUUCAGGGCAUUUCUAUGCAGAAAUCCAUGGAAGGGUUAUUCCAAUCUCUCCUCUACGAAAUAUUUAGGCAGUGCCCGGAACUGAUGGCAGAAUCAUGCCCAUCCCGGUGGGAGAGCAGUUUACCCCAUCUCACCAAGAAAGAUUGGAAGCUCAAGGAGCUGGUUAAUUGCUUCCAAGCCAUUGAGACGAAUGGCAAGUCGACAGUGAAAUUCUGUUUCUUCAUCGAUGGACUGGACGAAUUUGAUGGAGACUACAUGGAAAUCUCCCAGACUUUAUCAGAGAUCGCCAAAUGCUCGAGGAUGAAGUUGUGUGUCGCGAGUCGACCCUUGAAUGAAUUCCAGGACCAAUUUGGCGCUGAGAAGUCAUCCGUCCUUCAGGUUCACGAGUUUACUAGGGAAGAUAUCAUAAAUUACGCCCGAAGUCGUUUGGAGGGACAUCCUCGCUGGCCAACCACCUUGGAGGCAUUCUAUAGGUCCAUGUUGAUUCGAUAGAUCAGGUGUAUCACAGCAAAUCGGCGAACUUGUUGCAAAUGCAGUUGGUUGCGCAGGAUUUUGGGGGGAUCUCAAUUACUAUGGGUAGUGGCUCUGCUGCAUGAGCACGAGUACUCUGACCCGGAUUACGCGAUCAAUAUGCCGCGGACAACUCUGACCCCUACCGAAGUCCAAUCCCUCCGCGGCCAAGCAUCCCGCCGAUUAAAUGCAAAAUGCUGCUGCAUACUAGAGAUAUGUGGCAGUAAGCUCGAAUUCAUUCACCGGACUGCGUCGGAUUAUUUAAAACCCCCCGAAAUGAUUCAGUACAUUCAGGAUAGAAAUGUUGAAGGGUUUAAUGGACAGCUCUCGAUACUAAAGGCUUGGGUGGCAUGUCUUAAAAAAAACAUGUCGGACCUGGGGCAAUUGUACGAAUCGACUCUCGAACAUAAUUCAUUUUUCAGACCUUUGCCCACAUUUGCUGAAGCGCUUCAGGUAGCGGA